AUGACGCAGGAGGUAGAGAGAACUCCUGGCUCGAGCCAGAGCAAGACGGUCCGAGUGUCUUUCGAGGCUACCGCCGACCCUCAAGCUUCCAAUCUGGGCAUCCAACCGUCUACGUCUAGCAACGGAGGUCACCAUAGAUCAGCCACCAGUGGCGCCGUCCAGUUCCCUAGUAGUUCGAGGUCAAUUGAUGACGCUGGACAAGACUCACAUUCCUCUGCGAACGAGUCGAGGCCGCGCUCGAGGCCUAAUAUCAACGGCAACAGGCGGAAGCCUGCUCUGAUUCGGGCAAAAAGUGAACAUUGGCAUGACCUUGGUCCCGAUGUCAGGGCUUUAGGAGGUGAGGAAGAAGAUGUUCAGCUCCGCCAUGGCUGGCAGGAGGAAUACACCUCCAGUGAAUACUUGAAGAUCUUGAACUCCAACUUUUACAUGUAUUUUACUGAAAAACGACAUGAUACCAAUGGCAUCCCGAAACAACCGGACGAGGUCUGGAGAAGCCAGGAUUGGCGCAUGAGAGAUAGACUGAAGACUGUCUCCGCUGCACUUGCUAUUUGCCUCAACAUCGGAGUAGAUCCACCAGACGUAGUCAAAACAAACCCCUCAGCGAAACUCGAAUGCUGGGUAGAUCCAACUUCCACGACCGGAGCGCAGAAUAAGGUUAUGGAACAGAUUGGAAAGAAGCUACAGGAGCAGUAUGAAACACUCAGUCUGCGCACACGAUACAAGCAGUACUUGGACCCCUCGGUGGAGGAAACGAAGAAAUUCUGUAUUUCCCUCCGACGGAAUGCAAAGGAUGAAAGGGUUCUCUUUCAUUACAACGGUCACGGAGUCCCGCUGCCCACACCUUCUGGCGAAAUCUGGGUAUUCAACAAGAACUACACUCAAUAUAUCCCUGUCUCCCUUUACGACCUGCAGACAUGGCUUGCUGGUCCCAGCUUGUUUGUAUUCGAUGUUUCUCAUGCGGGUAACAUUGUUCAAAACUUCCAUGCCUUUCUCGAAAAGCAUGAGAAGGAAAAUGCGGAAGCUCGCAAGAGAGAUCCUAUUGCAUCCCUCCAAAAUUACGGCGAUUGCAUUCUCCUUGCUGCUUGUGAGAAAAACGAAACCUUGCCAACAAACCCUGACCUCCCUGCAGACUUAUUCACCUGUUGUCUUACCACCCCUAUCGAGAUAGCCUUGAGGUACUUUGUGCUUCAAAAUCCACUGCAAACAAGUCUUUCUGUGGAUGAAUUUAGGGUUCCGGGACGCCUACAGGAUAGAAGAAGUCCGCUGGGCGAACUUAAUUGGAUAUUCACGGCAAUUACUGAUACCAUUGCUUGGAACACCCUUCCUCGCCCCCUAUUCAAGAAGCUCUUCCGACAAGACCUCAUGGUUGCUGCUUUGUUCCGGAAUUUCCUACUCAGCGAACGUAUCAUGAGAACUCACGAAUGUCAUCCAAUUUCUUCACCGAAACUGCCCAUUACACAUACUCACCCGUUGUGGCAGAGCUGGGAUUUGGCUGUUGAAAUGGUCCUGGCUCAGCUUCCGGCUCUCAUUGAACAAGAAGAAGGCACUAGACACUACGAAUACCAGCAUUCCCCAUUCUUUGCUGAGCAACUUACGGCUUUUGAGGUGUACCUCUCUUCCGGACCUACAGAAAAGAACCCGCCAGAUCAACUCCCUAUUGUCCUCCAGGUUUUGCUCAGUCAAGCUCACCGGUUAAGGGCGUUGAUUCUCUUGAGUGGGUUCCUUGACCUCGGCCCUUGGGCUGUUCACCUCGCUCUUAGCAUCGGUAUAUUCCCUUAUGUUGUCAAACUACUCCAAAGUGCUGCCCAGGAGCUUAAGCCUGUCAUGGUCUUCAUCUGGGCUAGGAUAAUGGCAGUCGAUCAUACAGUACAGAAUGAUCUCCUCAAAGACAAUGGCAUCCACUACUUUAUCACCAUACUCCAUCCUAAUUCUCCCAUACCCGUUGCAAAUGUCAGCGAUCACAGAGCCAUGUGUGCAUUUAUUGUUGCUAUCUUCUGCAAGCAGUACCCUCAGGGACAGCAUGUUUGUUUGUCCCCGGAACUAAUUGAGGCAUGUUUGACUCACCUAUUGGAUACUGAAAACCCCUUACUACGGCAAUGGUCAUGUUUAUGCCUCAGUAUGUUGUGGAAUGACUUCCCAGAGGCAAAGUGGAUGGGUAUUCGUGCUUCUGCGCCACCCAAACUCUGCGAACUUGCAGCCGACCCUGUUCCAGAAGUUAGAGCAGCAAUGCUCCAUGCCCUCACCAGCUUCAUUGGCAUCCCAGACCUUACCGAUCAAGUAGCCCAGAUCGAAGAGUAUCUUGCUAUGGCAGUGCUCCCAAUGGGCUCUGAUGGUAGCGUUCUUGUGCGAAAGGAAUUCCUGGUUUUCGUAUCAACUUUUGUCAAGAGAUAUCAAAAUAAAUUCAUAGUUGCAGCAUAUGAGCAGCUACUGGAGGAGAAGCAGGUCCUAACAACUCAACCCACUGGAUCCCCGCUAAUGUCCCCUCCUCAACCAUCUGAGAAUGGUGUUUCUCAAGGUACUGUGAUCGGUUCAAUUUGGAAGCUGGUUCUUAUCUUAUCUGUCGAUCCGCAUCCAGACGUCGCGCAGGACGGCGGCAUAAUCGUUGACUAUGUCCACAAAACUCUUCUAGAAUCACCGCUGGGUGGUUUGGCUAGGAAAGCAAGGGAGGACAUUCUUGAAUUAUAUACCCGCGCCCAAUCAAAGAAAACACAACAACAGGAGUCCAUUGAUAACGCUAGACCCAAGACCCCUCCGAGCCAACAAGCACCCAAGCCAGAAGGAUAUCUCUCCCUAAGUCUAAGAAGGACGGCUAGUGUCGCUGCAUCCCUUAAAAAUAUGGCGUUUGGCUCUUCAUCAAAUAGUCCUCAGCCUCCAGGCUCCCCCAACUCCACUACGUUUGCUAAACCCCAAGUGCCGAAGGGCCGUGUUACGGUUACGCCUAGGGGUCGCGCACCUGCUGAGUGGACUAGGCCUCCAGAGGUCAAUGACCAGCGUGCCUCUGCUAGAUCAUACCAACAAGCACCUACCCCAUCUUCUAGAGGAUUUAAACUUAGAGAUGUGAAAGAAGAACCUGUUAUUCCAUUGGUUAGUCAGUUCUUAGAUUGGUCAACAGAGUAUUUCCGAGAGCCCCAAAUGAAACCCAAUGAACCGGAUGAGCCCGGUAGUUCAGACUAUAACGAACGCCUCUGGCGACGAGGCAGGAAUGAAAGAAUCAUUGUUGAAACGCAGCCAAUGAAGACUCGAGCUGGUAGUUCUCGCUGGGAUAACUCGGUUUCUCUCAUAAACAACUCCACUCAGCCAAUGAAGAUGUGUUUCCACCAAUUCGAAGACCAUCUUGCAGUGGCUGACGAUAGGGACACAAUAUGUAUCUGGGAUUGGCAAUCAAAUACAUAUCUCAAUCGAUUCUCGAAUGGCAACCCUCUAGGGUCAAAAAUUAAUGAAGUCCGUUUCAUUAACGAAGAUGACCAAGCUCUUUUAAUGACAGGCUCCUCUGACGGCGUAUUAAAGCUAUUCCGCAGCUACGAAUCGAGUAAAAAUGUCAAGGUUCUCACAGCGUUCCGCGCGCUGCCUGAGUUGAUACCCAGUAAUAAAAAUGCUGGACUCGUCCUUGAGUGGCAACAAGGUCAAGGUAAAGCGCUAGUAGCGGGGGAUGUGAAGGUUAUCCGAGUCUGGAAUGCGGCCACUGAAGUUUGCACAACAGAUAUAUCUGCUCGCUCCGGAUCAUGCAUUACGUCCCUGACCUCCGACCAAGUAGCGGGUAACAUAUUCGUUGCAGGAUUUGGCGAUGGUGCAGUUCGUGUUUUCGACCAGCGCCUAAAACCAACGACGGCAAUGGUUAAGGUCUGGAGGGAACACAAACAGUGGAUUACCAACGUACACAUGCAACGAGGCGGAGUCAGAGAAUUGGUCUCCGGUAGCCGCAAUGGUGAAGUCCGACUCUGGGAUCUAAGAAUGGAUCACUCAAUCGAAUCAACGCAGGCAACCAAAGACACCCUGCGUACCUUAGGUGUUCAUGAACACGCCCCGGUUUUCACCAUGUAUGUCUGUCCCUAUCUCAUCAACUUCUUUGGAGCUAAACUAAUAUGCGUCUUGUUAGCGGAACCAAUCGCCGUGAAGUCAAGACAUUCAAUGUUGACGGCACUCAUCUAUCUACCUUCGAACCUCAUAGCAGCUUUUUGCACCAUACCCGAUCCUCCCCAGUCGUCAGCACUGUAUUCCAUCCUCAUAAAAUGCUCCUGGCUUGCUCGACUCUAA